UGCCGCACACUGAAAGGAAGACCUCCACCAAAAAUUUCUUGGUAUUAUGACAAUACAUUUGUUCCAGGAGAAAACGGACGGUACUUGUUUAACCAGAAAAAAAUUAAACUGAAAGAAGCAGGAUCUUACAGAUGCGAUGCAAAAAAUAAUGCAGGCGAAGAUAAAUCAGAAGUAAAAAGUAUUACCGUAAAUGAAAAGCCGGUUCUGAGAGAAGGUGAUAAUGAGAAAG